AUGCCUAUGACCGUCAUCGAUUGCCCGUUGGAAAAGUUGCCGUUGAGGAAGCGUGAUAAGGCCAGAGUGAUUGACUCCAACAAACAUGUCCACAAGCUUACUUGCCAACAAGGAGAAACAGUCUAUCUGAAAAGACCUGAAGGAAUCGAAAAGCAGUAUAGACAAAAGUGUAAAAAAUGUGGUCUGCUCCUGUUCUACAGACACAAAGACAAGGAUACUACUGUUACUUUUAUCGUAGAUGAUGCAGUAUAUGAGCCUGACAAAGGACCCCUCAAGGAACCAUUAGCUCUUGAAAACAUUCCAAGUAAAAAGGUUAUGCUGAGUAAGAAGACAAAGUCAAUGGGCAAGUAUUCAACAGUCACCGUCUCAACCAUGGACGAGGAGGAGGAUGAAAUUGAAGCGAGAGAGAUUGCUGACUCGUAUGCCAGCAAUGCCCGUGUGAUUGAGAAGGAAUUCAUGAAGAAAGGAAUGGCUAAAAGAAAACCAGAGGAGCUCCUGCAAGAAGAGAUGGCCAAGAAAGCAAGGACCAAAGGAACUCUCAUUGACCAGAAUCCUUAAAGACAAUGUACUCUACCAUAGACUUGUGAAAGAACUAAUUUAAUGAAAGACUAGAUGACUAUAGACACCUGUGUGCCACCAUGUUACAAAAGAUAUACAAGAUUAGUCCAUCAACAGAUUCCUGCCGCAGAUUUCUAAGUACUGAACAAUGUUAUUCGGAUCUAUCCGAUGUUUCACUGCAAUAUGGAAUACCUGCUUCCCUCAAUCAUGUACAACAUAUUAAAAUCAGUGGUCCUCAAGUUUGGAUUUGGGACACCAUCCACAUUGACGUCAAGGGACUGUACUGAUCAAGAGAGAUAUCACUCAUCAUGAAUAGAGGGAAACGUGGAAAAAAGUUGAAGGCAAUGGAGAGUUUCUGUCAUACACAUUCUUGUACCUCCAUAAUUGAUGCUUAAGUGUUACCUAAACUGGUGUGUCUGUAUGCAUAAGAUUAAUAGGAUUGGAAUGUCGACGAUUGAUUUUGAUUAAAGUUUCACAAUGAAUUGAGGAUGGAAGGUGUGGAUCAUAGCCUGUGCAGUCUUCCUGUUAGGCUUCUAUGGCAGAUUUCCUCUUACCCAAUCAAGGCCCUGUUGCAUAAAAGAUACUUCACCAUCCAAUGGUAACUUCCCCCAAAUCCUUGAAUUUGAUUGGCUGAUUAGCAUUGUUACCAUGGUAGUUACCACUGGAUGACAAAGUUACUAUAACUUCAAUGCAACAGGGACCAGAUAGCACAAUUUUAGUUGCUUAUAGCAAAAGUCUACAACUUACUAUUAAAGACAAUUUUUUAAAAUGGAUGAUAGAGGCCCAAUAUAUUUUUUGGGGUAAUUCUGGCAAUUCCUUUAUCAUAGUAGGGGGUAAGAAGGGUCCUUACUCCUUAUGCUUAUCAAAUGAAUCUUCUUAAAGCAGGAACUCUGUUCAUGAACAUGUAUAUCAGGGACCAUGACAUUGUGAUUGGCUGCUGAGCCCUGUUGCCAUGGUAGUUGCCAUAAUGGCAAAGUUGCAUGAAGAACUUUAAAAAAGUGUUAUGUCCUACUAGGAUAUCAGAAAUGAUGUUAGAUGAAGGGUAUGCUUCUGGAAGAAUUAUUUCUCAAAAAGUGCCACUGCAUUGCAUUAUUGAAGUUCAACUUUGGAACAACAAAAUUCAUAGUUGCAUACUGUGGGAAUAUUUCUCAGCUUUCUAUCAUUGCUAAUGCUUCAAUUUUAGCAUAAAUAAAACAAUUGGAAUGCAGGAAAGACAGUAAACAAUGUUGAGGGGGAUUACUGCUAAAAGAUGGAGUGAGGCCUUUAUUAAGGUGCCUAACCUCUUGCGAAACUACCGAAGAAUAUACAGAGCAUAGUUUUUCCUGCACUAUUGCUAUGUGAAUGAUACAGCAAAAUUUUGAGAUUUUUUAAAAAUAAUUUGUUUUACCAUUGAGUCUGAAAACAGACAUUCGAACAAUCUUUUAUACCCAACACUGGUAACAAUGUCACCCUACUAUGUAAUUGUAAGUUGUAAAAAGUGUAACUUCUUUGACUAUUGUAAAUUAAUUGUAAAUAAAUUUUUAUGAACACAA